UGGCUCCAGAAACACCGAAACACCGAAACACCGCAUUCAAUUUUCACGCAUGUCCAAGACCACAGCAGAGCCAUCUGGAGAUCUAAGCGGCACCGACGGCAGUCAUUCCAGCCACUCCCAGGAGACUGCGAAACAGGAGCGACGCAGGUGGCAAAACCGACAGAAUCAACGAGCUUAUCGUGAACGCCAGCGCAUAAGAAAACAAGCAGAACGUCUGGCAGAGGAACACGCCCUGCAGCAGCCGAAUCAAGUCGCGGCGUAUGUGGCCACGCAGUAUCCUGUACCUGAUCUCAGUAUAUUAGCUUCGCUCUCCCGAGAAGCAGGCCAAAAUAUCGGACCAAUCGCAACAACCAGUUGUGCAUUAGCCCACCCACGUAUCUACCGGCUUUUAUCCGUCUUCGAGGCGGCUGCUUACCGGAGUUAUCAUGGAAACCCCCAGGCCGAUCACCUCCUGACACUAGCUAAGCUGAAUAUGUUUCGCGCCUUCGUACGUAACAUCGCCAUGCUGGGAUACACUCGGGAAUGGAUGACAGAUGAUGCCCUCUCCCGGUUUAGUAUCCAUGGGCCACACCCAAAGCUGCCAGUGACGACUUUACCCCCCAGUCUGCAGCCGACUGAUCUGCAACGACGUCAGAUUCAUCAUCCUUGGUUGGAUUUCUUUCCAUUCGCACGGUUGAGGGACAAUCUCAUUGAAAAUGAGGAUUGUAUGGACGAGGCUCAGUUCUGUCGAGAUUUGAUGGGUUUCUGGACUGUGCCUGGUGAGCAUAGUUGCAUGCUUGUCUGGGGCGAUCCUUGGGAUCCGAUGAAUUGGGAGAUUACCGAAGCUUUUCUGCAAAAAUGGGGUCGGCUGGUCAAGGGAUGUCCGGAGAUUCUCUGGUCUACCAACCAUUGGCGACGAUUACGCGGGGAGAAACGCUUAGUUUGGAAGGCCUCGUUUGAUACGAUUGCGGAGGUUUAACCUAUGCCUGGAGUUCUUGAAGGUGCCGUACUUGCAAUAUUGUUCUGGUAGGGCUGCGUUAUGUGGUAUGUUAUUUGGACAAUAGAAGACACCAUUGAGUGCGGAGCUCAUGCUUUCACACCAUCAACCAAUCCACUUAUAUGCAAACAAACUCCAAU